UCUAUCCUCAACCUUGCUGACUCCUUUGUCGACCGUCUCCUGCACGCGGCCUGCUCCAACGCCAAGCAGCGCGGCUCCAAGGUCCUCGAGAUUCGCGACAUUCAGCUCGUCCUGGAGCGCACCUACAACAUACGCAUCCCAGGAUACUCGUCUGACGAGCUGCGUACCGUCCGAAAGGUACAACCUGCACAGGGCUGGAUCACCAAGAUGAGCGCUAUCCAGGCUGCGAAAGUCACUGGCAGCCGUGAUCUUUAG